UUGGAGGACGACCCACGAGGGACCCAUGUAGCUCUUGCGGCUGAUGUCGCCAUGCUCCCACGGGGUUUCCCGCCAGCGUCGACGGGGUUCAACGGUCGGCAAAAUUGAAUAUUUUGCCUGACCUGACUCCAGCAGCCCAACCAAUGUUGGCAACGGAUAACGUUAUGGUGCGUUUGUCGUAUGCUGUCCUCUUCCGUUUGCGUCCUUCACUGUCGCCGUUUGGUGGACCUCCACCGCCGUCAUCAAGUUGCGGCCCUAUCCUACGCGUCGUUGAUGACCUACCUCUAUCGCAGGCUUCCUCUGCUGCUCCUGGUCGUUAUUUUGCUUAUCGUUGUCGUCCUGUUCCACGUGUGCAUCAGCCUUAAGGUGCCUGGCCGUACACGCUGGAGGCAUUCAGUGAAGAAGGGUGUCGACAUGGACGACCGACAGCCGAAGAGCAGGGCGUUGUUGGACUCCCCCACCGCUCACCACGCGCAGCACAGCGGUGCUCGAAAGUCACAGCAGUACGAUCCGUCUGUGUACGCGCACUUGUUGUCGCACGGAAUUCCGCUGCCGCCGGCGGAUGAUAAGGUGGAGGAGGUAGGAUCUCGCACCGUGGCGCUCGGGAGCGGAUCGACGCAGGAUUGGGCGGGGAGCCAGUUCUUUGGAAAUCGGCAAACGACGUUUCGACAAUCGCACACACAACUGCUCGAAGAAGGUAUAGGCGAGGAAGACACACUUGCCGACGUCAAUCUGUCGUUCGGAUUAUGUAGCGGGAGCUCAGCGACGACGACACGUACGCGCAUCAUCAAUCUCCACCCUGACGACAAUUGGGGUGAUGCGGCGCUCGUCGGUCUGUCGGGCGGGGGGUCGUCCCGGGUGCAAUUGCCAUCGCAAUUGUCAGGAGGUCAGGUGACUGGAAGGCGCUCGGGUGGGGGCGGUGUGGACACCAGAUUCGCAGUCAACGUCGAUGAGCGGACGGGUCGGCAAGUGUGGGCAGAACAUCGGCAACAACUUCGUGGAGAUUGUGAAGACGCGAUAACGAGGGGGGUUCGGCAGCUGCAUGUAGACGGAAGCGACGUAGAUAAAGAGGUGGCGGUGGAAGUAGACGACUUCAAAGACAUCGACGAGGAAGACGAAGACGACGAAGAGGGCGCUGUGGACAUUCGGCCUGUGGGCAGGACAUCCAUGGGUGGUCGGGGAAGAAGCAAGAAAGCUUCUGCCGCGCAUAGACGACAGACGAAGACGACUGCAUCUGGCGAGAGCGAUGGCGAAGGUGACAUGGACGUGGACGGUGGGAGGAACUUCUGGUCGGUGGAGCACAUGGUCGCUCUCGUGAGGGCGAAACGGGAUCAGGAUGCGCACCUGGAGGGUAUGGGGCAAGCAUUUGCCUGCAUGAAGCCAAGGGAAUGGAAGUGCCAGGAUGUUCAUGAGAGAUUGAAGAAGGGUGUCGUUAGGAGUGGCGAGAACUGCGGGAAAAAAUGGGACAACUUGAUGCAGCAAUUCAAGAAGGGAUCGGCAGCAAAGAAUCACACCAUCCAUCCGAGGAACGUCGCUGACAACGGUGUGCUGGGUGGUGUCGAAAUGCCGUCCGGCUCAAGGGGGGGAAGAGGCGAUGGCGGGGGCGUGGGCGACGUACUUGGCGAGCCACAUGAAGAAGAGGGUGGGCCGACUAAAGGUUCUUCGUUUAGUACGGGUAGCACUGUGGGUUUGGCGAAAAGGAAGAACAUGAGGCAGCAGACUUUCAAGGCGUUGACGAAGGUAAUGGAGAAGCACGACACACUGAUGGGGACGACCUUGGAGAGCGCGAUCAAGAGGCAGUGUAAAGGUUCUUCGUUUAGUACGGGUAGCACUGAGGGGUUGGCGAAAAGGAAGAACACGAGGCCGCAGACGUUCGAGGCGUUGACGGAUGUAAUGGAGAAGCACGUCACACUGAUGGCAACAACCUUGGAGAGCGCGAGCAAGAGGCAGUGCUCGAUGUUGAUGCGACAGUGCGAGAUCAUGGAGUCCGAGGUGGACGCCCAAAAGAAACACUAUGUGGAGUCCGAUGAUGUCAGCAAGCUCAUGAUUGAGCUCUUGCCAGGUGCGGUCCCUCCCAAGGGUCGUAUCUACAGGAUGUCACCUGCUGAACUCGAUGAGCUCAGGAGACAACUUGAGACCCUGGCCAGCAAGGGGUGGAUCAGACCGAGCACUUCUGAAUUUGGGGCUGCAGUUCUCUUUGUACCAAAGGGAAAUGGAGAAUUCAGAAUGUGCAUAGACAAUUGGGGUCUCAACAAAAUCACUAGGAAGUCGACAGAGCCCCUUCCUAGGAUUGAUGAUCUGUUGGACAUGGUGCAGGGUUGCACAAUUUUCAGCAAGAUCGAUCUCAAAUUUGGCUACCACCAGAUUGAGAUGGCUGAAGGCGAUGUCCACAAGACUGCCUUCAAGACCAGAUACGGUACUUAUGAGUAUCUGGUCAUGCCUUUCGGUCUUUGCAAUGCCCCUGGCACAUUCCAGAUAGAGAUGCAUCGCAUACUCAGGCCUUACCUGGAUAGAUUUGUAGUUGUGUACCUGGAUGACAUCCUGAUUUUCCUUCGAGGCCACGACGAAGACGUCACAUGUCUAGCGAUGUCGAGCAAUGGGGAUCUCAUUGCCUCCGGGCAGAAUGGACGGAAUGCUGAUGUUAUUGUAUGGUCAUUUGCCAAACGCGAUCUUCUGUUCCGGAUGUCAGAACACGACUUUGGUGUUGUCUGUGUGGAGUUCUCACACGAUGAUCGACUCCUCUGCAGCAUCGGCCCUCCACGUUCACAGAAAAUCAUUAUCUGGGACAUGAGCUCUGGAUGCCAGGUUGCCCAUCGCACGGCGGAUGGGACCCCAAUUGCAGCGAUGGCAUGGGGGGGGUACGAUAUCAAUGCAAGGGGUCAUCCAACCUCCAAUUACAGGCUGGCCACGUCUGGCCGGGGAACAGUUCGUGUGUGGAUCCUCGACCCGCUCCAAGGAAAGCUAUCGAGCACAGAUUGCCAAGCGGGCGGUGUGAUUCGAGAGUACACCUCGCUUGCAUUUUCACACAACGGACGGUAUAUCUUCUCUGGCACCCAGUCCGGCGAUAUAGGGACGUUUAGCUUGACCACUUUUGCAUUGCAGGCGACUUUUGGGGUUUGUGCGGCAGGAGUUACGGCUCUCAUUGUCGCAUCUGGAGGGGAACUGAUUGCCGGUGGAGGCGAUGGAAGCGUCACAAUCAUUCGUCCAGAGGUGCACCGAGAUGGUGACGUCAAAAACGAUCCAAGGGCUCACGUUAAGGGGGAGGUGUGCAUGUUGUCGGCGCCAAAGCCACUUGCCAGAGAAGAUGGAUCAGCUGCGAAUCAUGCGGACGGGGAUGGCCAAGGCAAGGGUGAUAAUAAGGACCCUUCAGAGGAGGAAGCUCGUUCUCAGAGGGGAGGUCCCUGUGAGGAGAGGCCAUGCCAAUUCAUCGCCGCGGCAACUAAGGAAGGAUUUGUGUACAAGAUAAGGAGGGAGGAUAUGAAAAUAACAACGCUGAUGGAGAAUCAUAUAGCGGAAAUUAACGAAGGGGGAUUUCCUCCCGGCUGCUGUGAUCGAGCCGUCACGUAUGUCCUCCGAGGCUCUUUGAACACCUGUUCGUAUGCACACCUUACUCCAUUCUUUCUUCCUUUCUUUUUGUAAUAUCUCCUCCCUCUGUUCGAGAGGUGAUAACCUCCGGUGUAAGUCAAAUCAUUCAAAAAAAUAAAAAUAAAAAAAAUCAUACUAUAAAAUGGGUCGAAGUCAUAUCAUACUCACUCAAAAAGAGUUCUGCUAAUCAAAACGUAGAAUAAAGUCUGAUAAACAAGGCGAACAGUC